UAUUUUUAUACAGGCGGUCUCAUGAGCCUACAUUUUCACAUGGGCCGGGUCCUUCAAGUGACACUCUUCCAAGAUGGCAGCCAACUGCAGCACGGGUAGCAAAUCGAGCAGCAGCGCGGCUGGAAAACAGUCCGCCCAAUCAGCCGAACAGGUGGUGGCGACCUUUCAGAGGAUGCGUCAGGAGCAGCGCAGCAUGGCGUCUAAAGCCGCAGAGCUGGAGAUGGACAUCAAUGAGCACAGUUUAGUUAUUGAAACUCUGAAGGAAGUGGACCCUUCUAGGAAAUGCUAUCGUCUGGUUGGAGGGGUCUUAGUGGAGAGAACGGUGAAAGAAGUUCUACCUGCUUUGGAAAACAACAAGGAACAGAUCUCCAAAGCAACCGAAGCCAUCAAUAUACAGAUGCAGACGAAAGGCCGAGAACUGACAGAGUACAGGGAACGCUACAACAUCCGGCUGGUGGGAGAAGGAGAGGGAGAGGGCCAGUCGGGAGCAUCCUCCAGAGACAGUGAAGGAGGAGGAUCCAAAAGUGGAGCUGGAGUUCUGGUGUCAUAGUCUGCAACGAUGAACAAUGUUAAUAGGGUCAUUUGAUUUUUACAGCACUGAAAAACUUAGUUUGAAAAAGAAGGUGUGGCUGGAAGGUCAAAGCGCUCUCUCUGCCUCUGUAUGUCCAUUUUUGAAUGCUAACAUGUAUCACUUGAGGUUACGCUUUUUUUGCCUUUUCUCUUUUUGAUGGCUAAAAUACUGUCUUAAAUUUCCUUAUUAAAUUUCAAUGGCUGAAAACUAAA